UGAUAUUUGGUUUAUGACACUUUGAAUAUAGUUCUAGGAAAAUUUCAGCUGUCAGAAACAAACACGUCUCUCACGGCCACUUCAGCAUAAACGCACUUUCAUGACCCACAAGUGUUAAAUAUGGAACAAUGAGGACAAAAAGAAAUGACUGUUUGAAAUGAACUGAAUCACCAGAACUCGUUUUAAGGCUGUUUGCAGUCUGGAGAACAGAACAGAGUCUCCAGCUGCUGAUACAGUAACGAUGGUUUGUGAAUCUCUGCGGGACAAAAAGCUUCAACGUCUUGGAAAAAAAUCAGCAACAUUAGACUGCUGUUACGCGAGACUCUGUGAGGCCGCGAGAACACGCAGCUCCACGAGGUCCCGCAGCGCUCCUGAAUCUGAAGAGCUCCGACAGUCACAGAGGAGACCUGCUGGAUCUCAGAGACCAGGACCAAGAGCGGGAUGGAGGAGGACAACCAGGACCCGGAGCCCCGGAGCAACAACGUCCCCGGAGGACAAACAGCAGGCUCGAGCUCUGAUAGCACCGAUGUUCAGAAACGAAGAGGAAGCGAGGGACUCAAACGUCACCGCUGUCAGCACUGUGACAAAUCCUUUGCAAGAUCUGGAUAUUUAAUGAGUCAUCAGAGAAUUCACACUGGAGAGAAACCGUACAGCUGUGACCAGUGUGGGAAAGCUUUCAUUCAGUCAUCUAAACUAACAAUCCACCGACGUGUUCACACUGGAGAGAAACCGUACCGCUGUGUCCUAUGUGGGAAAGCUUUCAUAUCAGCAUCUAAACUAAAAAUCCACCGACGUGUUCACACUGGAGAAAAACCUUACUGUUGUGACCAAUGUGGGAAAGCUUUCAGUAAAUCAGGUGACCUUAAGGUCCAUAGACGUAUUCACACUGGAGAGAAACCGUACAGCUGUGACCAGUGUGGGAAAGCUUUCAAUAAAUCCAAUGACCUUAAGGUCCACAGACGUGUUCACACUGGAGAGAAACCGUUCAGUUGUGACCAAUGUGGGAAAGCUUACACUACAAGAGGUAGCCUAAAAAGACACCUAUGUGAUCACACUGGAGUAAAACCUUACUGGUGUGACCAGUGUGGGAAAGCUGUCACUUCAUCAGGUCACCUACAAAGGCACCAACGUGUUCACGCGGGAGAAAAACCUUACGGGUGUGACCAGUGUGGGAAAGCUUUCACAACAGUAUAUGAACUAAAAAUACACCAACGUGUUCACACUGGUGAGAAACCGUACAGCUGUGACCAGUGUGGGAAAGCUUUCACUGCAACAGGUCAACUACAAAGGCACAGACGUGUUCACACUGGACAGAAACCAUACUGGUGUGACCAGUGUGGAAAAGCUUUCACUACAUCACAUACACUAAAAAUACAUCAACGUGUUCACACUGGAGAGAGACCGUACAGCUGUGAUCAGUGUGUGAAAGCUUUCACCUCAUUUGGUGAUUUGACAAAGCACAGACGUGUUCACACUGGAGAGAAACCAUACUGGUGUGAACAAUGUGGGAAAAUGUUUGCUCAGAGCAGUACCCUUAAAGUCCACCAACGCAUUCACGGUGCUUCAGAGAAACCAUAUAGCUGUGACCAGUGUGGGACAGCUUUCAGGAAAUUUAGUGACCUAAAGGUCCACAGACGUGUUCACACUGGAGAGAAACCAUAUAGCUGUGACCAAUGUGGGAAAGCGUACGCAACAUCAGGCAACCUAAAAAUACACCUACGUGGUCACAGAGGAGAAAAACCUUACAGCUGUGACCAAUGUGGGGAAGCUUUCAACACAUCGGGUCACCUACAAAGGCACCAACGUGUUCACGCUGGAGAAAAACCUUACCGGUGUGACCAGUGUGGGAAAGCUUUCACAACAUUACACGAACUAAAAAUACACCAACGUGUUCACACUGGAGAGAAACCGUACAGCUGUGACCAGUGUGAUAAAGCUUUCACUUCAUCUGGUCACCUACAAAGGCACCGACGUAUUCACACUGGAGAGAAACCGUACAGCUGUGACCAGUGUAGGAAAGCUUUCACUACAUCAAAUCAACUAAAAAUACAUCAACGUGUUCACACUGGAGAGAGACCGUACAGCUGUGAUCAGUGUGGGAAGGCUUUCACCUCAUUAAGUGAUUUGACAAAGCACAGACGUGUUCACACUGGAGAGAAACCGUACUGGUGUGAACAAUGUGGGAAAAUGUUUGCUCAGAGCAGUAGCCUUAAAGGCCACCAACGCACUCAUGAUGCUUAGUUUUGAACAUAUUUCAGGGCCAAGUGAGGUGUUUCCUCCUGCCUUCUUGAUUCCUGAUUAGGAAUGCAGUGAUUACCGGAUUUCACUAUUAACCACGCUUUAAAACGUCAGGACUAAUGUGUAAAGGCUACAUCAAGUGUUUCUCUUGUGGGGAACAAAACUGUUGCGUGCUUAUCAGACACAUGGAGGCUACUACUGUACACUGGUUAACUCUGGCGUAGGGACCAAACUGUGAAGCUUUAUUUCCACCAAAGAAACAGCAGUUUUGGGGUUAAAAGAUUGCUGCUAAAGUAGCGAAUACCUACAUCAAAUUUGAUGUAGCUCGCGCGCACACCGCUGUCAAAUUAAAACAUUUUUGCGCUGAAUCCAGCUUCCACGCUGCGUAAAUCUCUUCUUUUCUGAAAGGUUCUCUAUGCAAGAACGUAGCCCUCUCAAAACCUUUAGUCCCUGAACAUUCAACAUUACAUCCUGUUGCCUCCUCCUGUCUGUGCUGAGAAAAUGUUGCCAGGGGUAAAACACUAACAAAACAUUAGGAGCUUAUGGACUUUCUGGACUAUACCAAUUAACUGCAUUUCAGUUACUAAUAACAAACACCGCAUGAGUGAUUUAAUUUUCACUAAAACCUAUACGAUGAUCAUGAGAGUGGAUGGCAAUAACGGUUCAGUUUACUACCCUCCUUAAUAACAAUUUCCCCUGAGGAUAAAUGAAGUUAAUAUUCCUCUAAUUAAUUAAAUAUGAAAUAUAAACUUAAGUCAUCACUGGUCUUUUAAAAUUAAGUAAUGCAUAAUAUUCGUGAAAAACCUUGAUUAUACUAUAAUCGUA